AUGAAUAAGGAGCUGAACAAUAUUAAAUAUAAUACGCGCCGGUCGAAAGGCGUCAUGAUGGCCCGGUUUAUGCGUGAUCCCAUGGUUCUUCAGGCUCGCAUCAUCGCCAUCCAAGAACCGUGGGCCAAUCCAUAUCAGGAAACCACGCAUCACCUGGCUAAACAGAGCCAUCAACUGCUGUAUCCCCAGGCGAACCAGACCGGGGGACUGCGGACGAGGUCGACGCCUUGGGCACGCUAUUCGUCAUGGGCAAACCACAGCUUCACCCCCGAGUGCCGCGAGACAAUCAAGGUGACACGGCAGCUCCGCAGACGUGCGCGCAACCGCAAGGGCAGGGUCAUUGCGAAGGCCUGCUGCACGGCAUAUCGCAAAUGGGUGAAGGAAAUUACUGAAGAAGGGACAAAGGGGAUGUGGAAGAUCGGCAAAUGGGCAAGGAACCGUGAAGCGUCGUCCGGGAGCAUUAUCCUCGCGCUGAAGAGGCCAGACGGCAAUCUUUCGGAUACUAGCUAG